AUGCCUAUCCUUGCUCGCCUCAAACACAAGCUCUCUAGGCGCUUUGACGAGGACAAAAAGUCUUCGUCGCUUGCCUCGUCUCUUCCUCCUUCGCCCACCAAGCCAUCCGCAUACUCGACGGCUGCAGCCACUGACGGCACUGCUGCUGGUUCCGCGCCCGCCGCAGUCGCACCUUCUUCCUCUAGCAACGCUGCUACUCCCGUAGUGACUCCUGGAACCGAAGCGAGCAACCCCACUGCUCCUAGCACUGCUCCCACUACACCCCCCGCCACCGCUGCUCCUGCAACCGACGUCAACCAAGAUCCCGAAAACUACGUCGCCGAUAGCGAAGGUCACGAUUUCACCACCAACGGUGCUGUCGUUCCUCGCGUCAACCUCGCCUACUUCACCAACUGGGGUAUCUACGGACGCAAGUACGGCCCCAACGACGUCCCCCACUGCAGCCUCACCCACAUCCUUUACGCUUUCGCCGAUGUCAAUCCCGAAACUGGUGACUGUUUCCUCACCGAUCUGUGGGCCGAUGAACAGAUCCACUACGCUGGUGACUCUUGGAACGACAGAGGCAACAACCUCUACGGAAACUUCAAACAGUUCUUGCUGAUGAAGAAGAAGAACCGUGCACUCAAGCUCAUGCUUUCCAUUGGAGGAUGGACUUUUGGUCCCCACUUUGCUCCUAUGGCAGCUGACCCCAAGAAACGCGCUCGAUUCGUCACCACCGCCAUUGCCAUUCUUGAGAAUGACGGUCUCGACGGUCUCGAUAUCGAUUGGGAAUAUCCUGCCAACGCUGCACAGGCAUCUAACUUUACCACUCUCCUCAAAGAGCUUCGUGCCGGCCUAACCGCCCAUGCAGCAAAGAAAAGGGACAUGGUUCCCUACCUUCUCUCCAUCGCCGCUCCCUGUGGAGAACAGAUGAAAACGCUCGAGGUUGCCAAAAUGGAUCCCUACCUCGACUUCUGGAACCUUAUGGCCUACGAUUUCGCCGGAUCCUGGUCCGCCGUCACCGGUCACCAAGCCAACCUUUGGAACAUCAAAGGCAAAGUUCCCUCCGCAGACAACGCUGUUAACUUCUACAUCUCCAACGGUGUCGUGUCGCACAAAAUCGUUCUCGGAAUCCCCCUUUACGGUCGUGGAUUCGAAAACACCAAUGGUCCUCAACAACCUUACAACGGUACUGGUCAAGGUACUUGGGAAGCCGGAAAUUGGGAUUACAAAUUCCUCCCUGUCAAGGGCGCAAAGGAGAUGAUCAAUACAAAGAUCGGUGCUAGUUGGAGUUACGAUUCAGCGAAGAGAGAGUUCAUUAGUUAUGACACACCGGAGAACGUGUUGAUCAAGUGCAACUACAUUAAGCAAAAGAGAUUGAGAGGUGCUAUGUUUUGGGAGAUCAGUGGUGAUGCGACAAAGUCUCAGGGGGGUGCCGAGAGGAGUUUGGUGGCAUUGACGGCAAAGAAUAUGGGUACGUUGGAGGCGACGUUGAACCAUAUUUCCUAUCCGUUUAGUAAGUGGGAUAAUGUGAAGGCUGGCAUGCACAAGUAG